AUCUAGUAUUGUACAGCAUCAGAUUGAAAAACCAGUUUCAGCCCCUCAGUAAUGACCCAAUUCAGUUAUCUUCAAAUAUAUAAAUCGUUCUUUGCAGUCCUACCUGACUAGCAAUAGAUAAUGCAAUGGAGACAGCAGGGUUGAAAAACAUUGCAGUGAGUUUGGUUUUGGCUUUGUGUGUGGGAUGGGCAUGGAGAGUCUUGAAUUGGCUAUGGUUGAGACCGCGGAAGAUGGACAAGUACCUAAGGGAACAAGGAUUUCAUGGAAACUCUUAUCGGUUCUUGUAUGGAGAUUUGAAGGAAAACUCAGAAAUGACUAGAAAUGCUCUCUCAAAGCCUAUAAAUCUCUCCGAUGAUGUUGUCAUGCGUGCAAGCCCGUUCAUCCAUCACACUGUCCAGAAAUAUGGGAGGAAUAGUUUCAUAUGGAAUGGACCUACUCCAAGGUUGCUUAUUACAGAUCCUGAGCUCAUUAAAGAGGCGAUGACUAAACACUACAUUUUCAAGAAGCCUAUGCAAAAUCCAACUGUGAGAUCGUUUUCUCAUGGCAUGGCGAGCAUGAAUGGGGACGAGUGGGCUCAACACAAAAAACUUCUCACCCCAGCUUUUCAUCUUCACAAGUUGAAGCUAAUGCUACCAGCAAUGUAUAUCAGUUGCACGGAACUGGUAAAUAAUUGGGAGAAAAAGGUAGAGGAGAAAGGGUGGUGUGAAUUCGACAUUGCACCCUAUCUUCAAACAUUAACAAGUGAUGUGAUUUCGCGUACAGCAUUUGGAAGUAGCUACAAGGAGGGAAGCAAGGUAUUUGAGAUUCAACGCCAACAACUUAAGAUUGUAAUGAAGUCUCUGCAAACAGUAUACAUUCCUGGAUGGAGAUUUCUUCCAACCAAGAAUAACAGGAGGAUGAAGGAGCUAAAUAAAAUGAUACAAUCAUCCUUAGAAAACAUAAUUGAAAAAAAGACCAAGGCAAUGCAGUCAGGAGAAAGUAGCAGCGAUGACUUGCUAGGGGUAUUGUUGGAAUCCAUUUCCAAUGAGCAACUCGAAAAUGGAUCAAGAAAUGUUGGAAUGAGCCUGGAUGGUGUGAUAGGUGAAUGCAAGCUUUUCUACUUUACCGGCCAAGAAACCACCUCAAAUCUCCUUGUCUGGACCAUAAUUUUACUCAGCAUUCACCCUGACUGGCAACGACGUGCCAGGGAAGAGGUUCUUCAAGUGUUGGGGAAUCAAGGCCAACCUGAUGUCGACAAUCUUAACCACCUCAAAAUCGUUACCAUGAUUUUGCACGAGGUUUUAAGAUUAUAUCCACCAGCACAUACACUAACUCGAAAGGUACGCAAAGAUAGUACAUUAGGAGGACUGAGAUUGCCUGCUGGAGUGGAAAUGUCUCUGUCGAUUUUGCUCCUGCAUUAUGACCAGAAUCAUUGGGGAGAGGACGCGAAAGAGUUUAAUCCCGAAAGAUUUGCACAAGGAGUGUCGAAUGCAACAAAAAGUAAUCAGGCAGCCUAUUUUCCAUUCGGAUGGGGACCCAGAAUAUGUAUAGGCCAAAACUUUGCAAUGCUGGAAGCUAAACUAGCUCUUGCUACCAUCUUACAACACUUCUCAUUUGAGGUUUCGGCCUCCUAUACACAUGCCCCAGCUACUCUCAUAACUCUUCAACCGCAACAUGGGGCUAACUUGAUUGUACACAAGCUCUAAACUACUACUGUUUUUUUUUUUUUCCCCGGAAAACUACUACUGUUUUAAUUGUUCACUUGUUGAUAACAUAAAAUUACAAAUGAGCAUUAAAAUGAGGCUGAUGGGCGCCUGGGCCUGACCUUUUAAGUAAACUAUCUUCACUUGUGGGCA